GUUUUAUUACAUUUUUAUUGUUAUUAUCAAACUUCAUGUUAUUGUAUAAUUCAAUUUAAUAUGAAUUAUAUUCUAUAGUAUUUAAAUAAUUAUUUCAUUAAUCGCACAUUUAGUUGUUUUCUUAAACACACCAAGAAAAUAAUGGACACAAACCGAGACUGGGGUUCAUUCCCGAGACAGGGAUACGACGACUACUCCAACACUAAUAACAAUAUGACCGACAAUAGGAUGGCGUCGGAGAACCUAAUG